AUGUUCCGGCAAAGCAUUCGACGUUUUGGCACAACUGCCGUGCGCGCAGUUGAGGCCUCGACCCCAUACCACGUGCGGGUGUCCGGAGCUCAGGGCUUUGUCAACGGGCUGACCGAGGCGAUUGGCAACACUCCUCUGAUCCGUCUGAAGCGCCUUUCUGAAGAAACCGGCUGCAACAUCCUCGGCAAAGCCGAAUUCCAGAACCCCGGAGGCAGCGUCAAGGACCGCGCGGCGCUGUUCGUCGUCAAGGAUGCGGAAGAGAAGGGUCUCCUGAAGCCCGGCGGCACCGUUGUGGAGGGCACGGCCGGAAACACCGGUAUUGGUCUGGCGCACGUGUGCCGGUCCAAGGGCUACAAGCUGGUCAUCUACAUGCCCAACACGCAAUCGCAGGGUAAGAUCGACCUGCUGCGACUACUGGGCGCGGAAGUGUACCCGGUGCCCGCGGUGGCGUUCGACAACCCGCAGAACUACAACCACCAGGCCCGCCGCCACGCCGAGUCGCUGGACAACGCGGUGUGGACGAACCAGUUCGACAAUGUCGCCAAUCGCCAGGCGCACAUCGAGACCACCGGCCCGGAGAUCUGGGCGCAGACGGGCGGCCAGAUCGAUGCGUUUACUUGCGCUACCGGCACGGGCGGCACGCUCGCUGGUAUUACGCGGUAUUUGAAGACGGCUAGUGACGGCCGUGUGAAGUGCUUCCUCGCCGAUCCGCCCGGCAGUGUCCUGCACAGCUACAUCCAGAGCGGCGGCAAGUUGACCGAGCGCAGUGGAGGCAGUAUCACCGAGGGUAUUGGCCAGGGCCGUGUGACGGACAACUUGCGGCCGGAUGUUGAUCUGCUCGACGGAUCGCUGAACAUUCCCGAUGAGAAGUCUAUUGAGAUGGUUUACCGGUGCCUCGACGAGGAGGGUCUCUACCUGGGCGCGAGCUCCGCGCUCAACGUGGUGGCCGCAAAGGAGGUCGCGGAGAAGCUGGGCAAGGGAAAGACGAUUGUGACGAUCCUCUGUGAUGGCGCGUACCGCUACGCCGACCGUCUCUUCUCGAACACCUGGCUUGAGAGCAAGGGCCUGCGCGGAGCCAUUCCCAAGCAUUUGGAGAAGUACGUGGUGCUGCCGUAA